AUGGAGAACAAGGCACCCGGCACAACAGCACGCCCCGGUGGGUAUGACACGGCGGGAGGGGCCUCAACGCAUGAGAACUUUUUUCACCCCCGGCGCAAUUUGAAGAAAAGUGUUCAGCGUGCGGGUCUACGAUCUUCUCGGCGGGUCGCGGUGUGCUUCACUGUGGGCAUCGUUGUGUUUCUCGUGUUUCCCACCUACUUGGGCCCUUUGUACGUAGAGCACGUGGCCAGCAGGGACUGGCUUGAGCGGGCGAAUAAAUCGAUCUGGACGCGGCGCAAUGAGAAGGACUACGACUUGUAUAUGACACAACGCAGGAACGGUUGGCUUGAAUAUCUCGGCUUGAAACAUUAUAAUAUUGGGGGCGACAAGAACCUUGGUGAGAUUCAAAAAUAUCGACAGGGAAAAGAGUAG